AUGACCGCAAUCAUCUACAAGAACGCUUGGGCAACAGACAACAGACUCGACACCCGCAUGGGCAUAAAUCUACAAUCGCUCGAGCAAUCCGAACGCCUCUUAACUGAAUUCAUCGACCUCAACAGGAGCUAUCAGAGACUCACGACCCAAAACUAUGAAAAAUACAGCGACCUAGCAAAAUCAUGCUCCGACCAUGCUCUGAAUAACGACAAAUUGAUUGAGAACUAUGGGGAGAUGGUAGCUACGUGCAUGCAGCUUGCGGGAGCAUACAGACGGAUUUCAGAGAACAACGAGAAGAUGCUGCAGGGUUAUAAGCAACUUUACAAAGAGUACGGGUUCAUGGCGAUGAAUUUGGGGUAUGCUUUGGGAAGCCGUGCUGAAUAG